AUGUCUGGGAAAGGAAAGAAAUUACAACCGAGGUUUAUAGGGCCUUAUAAGGUUGUUCAACGUGUAGGGAAGGUAGCAUAUAAGUUGGAAUUGCCACCGAGCCUGUUUCAGAUUCACAACGUGUUCCACGUGUCCAUGCUUAAGAAGUAUCAUCUAGACCCUUCACAUAUUUUGCGACCAGAAAGUAUUGAUAUUGAUGAAACCUUGACCUAUGAGGAGAAACCGGUGCGGAAGGCGUUGGCGAAAGAUAACGCUAGGCUUGAGACUGAGGUGAAGCAAUUGAGGGCAGAUAAUGAGAAACAAGCGAAGCGAAUCAAGGAUUCAGAGUAUGAUGUGCUUGAGGUGGAGGAUAAGGUGGAUGACCUCUGCACCCAGCUUAGGGACACUCGUGAGCGUGAGAUGAAGAGAGCCCGAAAGGUGAAGGUUCGAGCUGCCUCGAUCCUGAACCUCUAUACUGAAGUGGUCGAGGGCGUGAGCGACGAGGACUCUUGUGUGGGGCCCGAGGCUGGGGUUGGAUCUACCCCGUCGGGUGGGUCUACUAGCUCGUCGUCGGACUAG